UAUGCAUGAUUUUAAAGCAUCCCUUCCUAUUCAAAAUAUCAUAGCAGAUAGUGUAUAUAUGAUCGCUGGAAAUACAUCAUUCUCUUGGUUGCAUAGAACUUAAUUGCCUAUGUUUUUAAAAUUUCAUAAAAAUCUCUUAGAUUCUAAAAUACUUCCUUAAGUCUUGCUGAAUAUAUUAGUAUCCUUUACAAUUUUUACUUGCAUUCAUAGAAUUUGGCCUGGGGCACUGAUUCUUGAGUGUUAAUAUCCAGCCUAUUAAAAUGAAUUUCUUGUGAAUUGCUAGAGUUUUGAAAGCAUCAAUGAAGAUUAUACGAAUUUAUUCAUCUGGGCUCCUUAUAAAUUAUCACAUUUCUCAAGUUCAUCAGAAAAUCAUUGUUAUGAUCAUUCACUUAAAAGUGAUAAUAUAAUCUAAUUUCUUCAUUUUUUGGUUCAUUAACUUAGGAAAAGAGUUAUGUAAUAUAAACUUUAUUUAUUUUUAGAAGAUGUAAAUAAUUUUAAUUUGAUGAAUUUGCCAUAAACUUAAUAGAAAUCCAAAGGUUCUUGA